GAGAGAUUGAGAUGGCCGUGGAUUCUGGUGAGUUUCUUGAGAGAGAGCUAGAUCUCUGUUUUCGGGAAUGUGUACGAUAGAUACUUUAGAGCGAUUUAUUUUACAAUAAGGAAAAGAAUGAAGUUGCCGUCUGUUGUUGGGUGUCUCCCCCAGCCAGGCUCGGGGUCGUCGGCUAGGAACUACUUGGCGCUGUUGGCACAGCAGAGCUUCCCCUCUUCUCCGUCACAACCUUCAACAUUCCCUAGAUCCAAUGCUUCAGUGGUACGAGGAGGCCAAAAGCAACAUUCUAGCUGUUGUUCACCAUCGUUCUCUCGGUUGAAUGGAAGUUGCAGUACACCGGUUGUGACGAGUCAUCAUCACAACAAGCUUCUACAACUUGGUGGUGAUCAUAUGGUGAUGAGUGGUUUUAGUUGUUUCUUGGAGCAGAGAAGGGGCUACUACUUUAGGAGAGCAAACUGGUUUCCAACACGUCGAAGACGGGUCUACGCGUGGAGGCGACAACUCAAGGCCUCCAGAAAUCUAAAACCCAGAUACGUCGAUUACGAACGUAACCAGAAGCAGGUGGAAAAUAGCACAGCGGCGGACUACCUCUACAUUAUGAGAUUUAAUGUAUCCGCUCGUUGUUCAUAUUUCGUUUUUUCUCCGGGUGAUGAACAAAGUGACUUUCAUUGGUAGUCUCAUGGUUCACACACACAGACACACUCACAGACACAACUAUGGCGCCGUUUACUAGGAAGGAAACUGUUUGAAAUUUUGUGGUCUUUAUCUAGAAGUAGAAAAGUUUUUCUUCAUUUGCGUUUUUCGAAAGCGAGAGGUGCGGGUGAGUCUAAAGCGGCUAGUGUGGGAGUGCGGAAGGCCCAUUAUGCAUAGGAACCUGCAAGACGGCAUCGAUUUCUUAGAAUCCUUGGCUCGACCCUACACGGACCCUGUAGUGGAAUGCCUCCGAAACGCACGCGACAACUUGGUCAACAUUCACAAAAAGGAUCCCGCCCGUCUCGUCAUUCAACGGUUCCAGUCACUGCGUGGGCGCUAUGUCAAGUCGCUGCGCUUUCAUUCCAAAGCAAAAGUACUUAUCAUCUUCGAUGUGCUGUUAACAUCUAAUCGAUGAGAUGCUGUGGAGUUAACAUCUAGGUAGAAGUUGCUUCUUCCGUCUUUGAUGAAGAAGAUGAAAUACAUCACAGAAGAUGUACAUGUAGUACUUCCUCUUCGAUAUAAAGAUAAAUUGUUAGGGAAAUCUUAGGCAGAUAGCCGAGUAGAUUCGUAUCAUCAUAAAGAUAAAUUGUUGAGAUUGCUAGUAUAGGUAAUAUGGCAAAUAUUUUCAUCUUCAUCUGGUAUGUGUCUUUCAAGAACCUCUCAGAUUGGUAUAGUCCGAUCACCCCGUAAUCACAUCAAAGUCGGAAUCCGGGAGAUGACGCUAGAGGAGUUUUUUCAAAAAGCCUACGUCAUUGGCAAAGUCCCGACCACCCUCACUACUGAUAUGCGUCUAGCACUGUAUGAAGGCCGUGUUGGGCCGGAGAUGCACCGGCAGUGGAGUCCCUACAUCACUAGUACCAGUCGAUGGCUGCACCGCAGACGACUGAAAUACCUAGAGAUGACGAAACAGCUAGAUCUCUACCGGCUACGGGAAGCGUGGGCAGAACGGUACGAGGGGAACUUGAGGCGGAAGUCAGUGGAGGCUCGCAGAGCACGCGAAAUCAUCUAGUGGAGAGCUUUUUCAACAGCAACAAGCUGCAUUCAGAUUUUCGAGAAUACGCUGUACACAUAUUAGGAAACUGCUGAAGAAGAUGGUACUGAUCGAUGUACUGACCAAUCUUGGUUGUUCUUUGAAGAUGAUUUGGGUUGAUUGCAACACUUGAUGCGCCUUCGAAAAAUAAUGAUCUUGGUUGAUGGAGAUAACGGUUUUCUUCCGCAAUUCAAACUUAGGGGUGUCAAGCGAAAAUGAUUAUGUUUAUGACACUGAGGCGUGGCUCCAUGUGCAGAAUUCGGAAGCUAUGCAAGGAGAGCAUAUGAUUAUACCGCUCUUUGCUGGUGACUCUUCUUUUGUGGUAUGGCGAUAUAAUAUCUACCGGUGGCUUGAUACAUAAAUG